AUGAGGGCCCAGUGGGAGACAGCUGCACACCUCGCCAGGACCGGGUGGACGUUCUGGUGCUUGGGGCUGGGCAAAGCCCUCAUCCCCCUGCGGGCCGCCUGGCUUGCCUUCUCUCAGCCUGUCCCAACCAGCUGUGGCCAGCUGUUGACCCAGCUCCUCCUGUGUGGUUCCCUGGCCGUCGCCGCCGCAGGUCUGACGCACCACUGGCUGGUGUCCUCGCUGCUCUAUCCUCCGGGACCCUCUGCCACAGCAGCUGCUGUCUGGGGCCUCCUGGUCUUCCUGGUGCUGGGCCUGGUGCCCCCUGCCCGCUGCCUGUUUGCGCUGAGCAUCCCUACCCUGGGCACAGAGCAGGGCCGCCGCCUGCUCCUCUCCUGGAGUACUGCCACCCUGGGCGUCGCCGUGGUGCCCAACGUCUUGGCCAACAUGGGUGCCGCGGGGCGGGUGCUGAGAUGUGUCACAGAGGGCUCCCUGGAGAGUCUGCUCAACACCACUCACCAGCUGCACGCGGCGUCCAGGGCUCUGGGCCCUGCUGGUCACGCAGGGAGCCAGGGCUUGACGCUGCAGGCCCAGGGCAAUGGCUCUGCGUUCCGGCUUCACAUGCUCAAGGUCACCCAGCAGGUGCUGGAGGACUUCUCUGGCCUGGAGUCCCUCGCCCGGGCGGCUGUGCUAGGGACCCAGCAGGUGGUGGCAGGGCUCUUUAUGCUGGGCCUCCUGGUGGACUCGGGCUGGUACCUCCAUCGCUACCUGACCGACCUGCGGUUUGACAAUAUCUACGCGACCCGGCAGCUGGUGUGGCAGCUGGCGGAGGCCCGGACCACACACCUGGUGGCCUCCCCACCAGCCUGGCUGCUCUGGGCCGCCCGGCCGAGGCUGUCCCAGGGGGAGCUGCUGAGUUGCCUCCUGAGACUGGGGCUGCUCGCCUUGUUCCUGAUGGCCACAGCUGUGACGGUGGCCACAGACCACGUGGCCUUUCUGCUGGCUCAGGCGGCCGUGGACUGGGCUCAGAAGCUGCCUGCCGUGCCCAUCACGCUCACGGUCAAGUACGAUGCUACGUACACGGUCCUGGGCUUCGUCCCCUUCCUCUUCAACCAGCCGCCUCCGGAGAGCCCCUUCCUCUCGGCUCACAACUCCUUCCAGUGGGAGCUCCGCUUCAUCUCCCCGGGCUGCCCGCUGCUGCCCGCCCGGCGCCCCCACACCGCCGCCCCCCUGGCUGCCGGGGCCUUGCAGCUGGCAGCUUGCGCCACCAUCCUGCUGGAGACCUACGCCCAGCGCCUUCGACACACCAUCGCUGCUUCCUUCUUCUCCACCCAGGAGGCAAGGAGGGUCCACCACCUUCACGCCCGGCUUCAACACAGAUACGACAGGCACGGAGGCCAGAGGCUGCCCAUGGGGCCUCCUUCCUGCUCUCAAGACCCAGGUCUGCCAGCAUCCACCCAGCAUGGGUAG